AUGAGAAUAUUGCCCAACACUCCCAGUAUAUUAGGAAUUGUGCCGCUAUUGACGGCACACAUCACUGGUCUAAUGCAUGCGCACAACGCAUACAAACCUGUUUUGAUCUGUAAUUUGCCUGAAAUGCCGCCGAAGAAGGACUCGAAAGACACGGAAAAGACUGUCCUUUUGGGCAGAAUCUCGACUCAACUCAAAGUGGGAAUCGUUGGCGUCCCUAAUGUCGGAAAGUCUACGUUUUUCAAUGUAUUGACGUCUUCGGAGGCGUCGGCCGAGAACUUCCCCUUUUGUACAAUAGAUCCAAAUGAAAAUAAGUAUUCAUUUUGAUUAUAAACAACACAAACACCACUCCAUUGCCUGUAUAUCACAUGCCAUACAUUGCAUGCAUUGCCACGCAUUGCAUACAUCCUCUCAAAUGAGCGCUCAUUUCAAAAUUGAUGUCCAAAUUAUGAUUUAUAUCUAUUUUUGACUAUAAAUUGGUUUUUAUUUGCAAAUAAUUAUUGAAGUAUUUCUACAGACUUUUCGCAGAGAGUCUGUGAGCUGUAAUUGAUCUGACCUUCAAAUCAAUGAAAUCUUGGAUUUUAGUUAAACUGUUCUUAACGUCAAUUUUUACAUUUUUCAACAACCACUCACCCAAUGCUCUCUCUCUCUCUCUCUCUCUCUCUCU